AUGGACCACUAUAAAGAGGGCAACUGUAAAGAGGCCCACUGUAAAGAGGCCGACUGUGAAGAGGUCCACUGUGAAGAGGCCCACUGUGAAGAGGCCAACUGUAAAAAGGCCCACUGUGAAGUGGACCACUAUAAAGAGGGCAACUGUAAAGAGGCCCACUGUGAAGAGGCCAACUGUAAAAAGGCCCACUGUGAAGUGGACCACUAUAAAGAGGGCAACUGUAAAGAGGCCCACUGUGAAGUGGCCCACUAUGCCCACUGUGAAGAGGUACAAUGUAAAGAGGCCCACUGUAAAGAGGCCCACUGUAAAGAGGUCCACUGUAAAGUGCCCCACUGUAAAGAGGCCCACUGUGAAGAAGCCCACUGUGAUGUGUCCCACUGUAAAGAGGCCCACUGUGAAGGGGCUCACUGUAAAGAGGCCCACUGUACAGUGUCCAACUGUAAAGUGUCCAACUGUAAAGAGGCACACUGUGAAGGGGCCCACUGUGAAAUGUCCCACUGUAAAGUGGCCCACUGUGAAGGGGCUCACUGUAAAGAGGCCCACUGUACAGUGUCCAACUGUAAAGAGGCCACCUGUAAAGGGGCUCACUGUAAAGAGGUCCACUGUGAAGUGUCCCAUUGUGAAGUUUCCCACUGUAAAGAGGCCCACUGUAAAGAGGUAUAA